AUGGCUAAGCGCGGGCGCCGGGCUCCGGGCGCGGGCUGCGGGCGCCGGGCAGAGCCGCGGUUAGAUAACACGAGCACGGCGUCACGUAGUCUGUCGUGGGAGCGCUCAAUCAAUGCCUGGCAGACUCCCAAUUAUGUGUCGCGUCCCGGCCGCGACGGUGCGGCGCCUCGCGAGCCGCGCACUCGCUACUUUUGUUCUUUUACAAUAUAC